GGUGAAAGGGGUCAGCCAGAUGCCGGCCCUAAAGUGAAGGGGGCCAGAGAAGCUUCUCCACCCUCGCAUCUAUGCAUCCUACCGCGGCGUGGUGGUCAGGAAAAAAGUGUGUAUGGUGCCAUUGGACAGAGGAAAUCCAGCUUUACAAGAAACGAUACAGCUAAUACGCUACUUUAUAAUAACGGAUCCAUGCGAAGUUGGACUUCCACCUAUUGUGUGCCUGUGCUUACGAACUCCAGCAAGCGUGUGCAUGAUAUCCUUUACGCUUUUUCAAUUUCUGCUUAUUGUCGAAAGAGCUGUGGCAGUAUGGAAACAUCAACAGUACGGAUCUUACGGGCCACAUAUUGGAUAUAUCUCGACUUUUUUAUGCCUAUUCAUAUCCGUGGUGGCCACAUCCUGGAUAUUGCAAAAAGGAGAUCUCAAUGAAAGGCAAGCAUUCUGCUCUGCGGCCACGACACACACUAAAGAACGAGUUGAAAUGAUAAGCUUUAUGAUGUGUGGCAUCAAUAUCACUACAUUGGUUGGAUUGCUAGUGCUAACCAUGUUCAACAAAUCUGCAAAGAAAAGAAGGCGAUUCGACCUUCAUUCGUCUUAUCAAUUCCGCGAAAAUGCCGAUGUAUUAGACAUUAUGCUCCCUCUUUCAAUAUUCGAAGCUCUCUGCUACACAGCAUUCACGUUUUCGAACGGUAUAAUCACUAUGUUCCACGAGCAACUGUCUACAGUGGCCUACCGUACCUUGUUCACUGCGAGUUACCUCGUUCCCUUCUACACUUUGAUCUCUCCGACCAUUUUGUGGUUCAUCAUUAAGCGGUUACAAAAGAUGAAAGUAAUUCGAAUGAAGAAGAUCACAACCGCUGUAAAAGACGAGAAGGAAGCCUACUUUAAUUUGUAUACGCAGAUGUGGAGCCAAGCUGCGACCGUGAAAGUUGCCGCUUAGAGAUCCGACCG